GGUAUCCCCAAUCCUCUUCCUUCAAACUUCCAUCUUACUUACGUUUUGCUAUGUAUGAGAGAAAUGCAUCAUAAUUAUCGGCUUGCCUAAUGUUCCGAAUGUCUAGCCUGCCAAAUGGCUAGUUUUCGUCGCCCGAAGAAAAAAUAUGUCGGAACCGCCGUCGGGCUUCGGCCUCCCUCUUUACGAGGCUAGCAGCCCUAAUCUAGACAUAGUCGCUGUUCAUGGUAUUGGUGCCGACCGUGAUUGGACCUGGAGUCUUCAUGGGACAAACUGGCUUGGCGCCCCAGACAUGCUCCCUCAUGACUUCCCGAAUGCCCGAAUCAUGGCAUAUGGAUAUGCCUCAAACUGGCUCGGAAAGGAAGCUAUGUCAACUAGCCUUGAAGCAGUUGCCGGUCGGUUUCUUAGCCUCGUCCAUGAGUUGAGAAAAGACUGCCAGGGUCGAAAUAUAAUGUUCAUUGCGCACUGUUUUGGUGGCAUCGUUAUCGAAAAAACCAUACUCAAAGCCCUUGCUAAUGACAGCGCUCAAGAUCGGACCCUAUUGGCCCAUAUCUCCGGUCUUGUUUUUAUUGGCACACCUCAUAGAGGCUCUACCUCGGCUGGGCUCGCGAACAUUGUCGCUGCCAUCGCCGCGUUCCUAAAUUGUGGCCAUAAGUCGUCGAUAUUAAAGACGGCUAAUAGAGACUCUCAGAUGUUGACGGACACCGUCAGAGAAUUCGCCAAGAAAGCUCUCCGACUAAAUCUACGAAUCCAUUGCUUUUACGAGGAAAAGGAAACGGAUAUUGGUCCCGUGGUUCGAAGUUUCAUCCCCGCCACCUAUAAAGUAAGGAAGAAAUAAGUAAAAUCCCACACGAUAACCCUUUUCUGACUGCUACGAAGACAAUGCUCGUCGAUAGGGAUUCGGCUUGCCUCCAGGGUCAUGGCGAGACUGCACUAACCCUGGACCAUUUUAAGCUAAAUAAGUUCAAUUCCCCC